AAGCUAAUCUAUUGUCACUCCAUCAACGAAAAUGGAGAUACUACUCUAAAGCAAAGAACCCCAUUCCCUGAAUUUUGAAGCGAGAAGGAAAAAGGCACAACCAAUAAGGGUUUCGUCGGAAAGUUGCCCACGAAAAGGAUUCGGUUUGGGGUUGAGUUUCCGAGAUUGACAUGACAUUUUUCUUUUUGGUAAUUUGUCCUUUUAUGCGAGUGCUUCAAUUGUAGGGUUCUGUUUAGCUGAAAUUAACAAGAAACAGUUUGAUACCCUUUUGAAGGAAGUUGACAGUGUAUGAUGAUGAGGAAAAGGAAAUAAGUUUUUCUAUCAUUUUGUUCCUUUUUUCACAUUAUAAUUAGUUUGAAUUUCUGGGUAAAGUGGAUUAUUGAGUUGUGUGGAAAGUUAGGAAAAAAUUGACAUGAUGAUCGAGUUAUGUGCUCCAUCAUGAAGAAGAUUUAGCAUCCAUUAUGAACCGGUAUGCUUUACAGUUCCAAUCAGCUGCUUUUAGCAGUAGUUCCGACAUGAUUCCGAUGGACGGUUACUUUGCAACACCACCCAUGUUCUUUCCGGGGAAUUCCAGUUUCAUUAGCACCCCUCCUGCCUUAAUCCAACCGGUAAACUCUUCCGGAUCUUCCUUCCUUCUAGAUUCUGUUGCAGGGCUCAAGCAUGAUACAGGGUUGGCCGCCGAGUGGUCUGCUGACGAACAAUAUAUAUUGGAGGAUGGCCUUGAAAAAUAUAAAGAGGAGCCGAAUAUUUUGAAGUACAUAAAGAUUGCAGCUACUUUGCGUGAUAAAACCGUUCGUGAUGUUGCUUUGAGGUGUAGGUGGAUGCAAAGAAAGCGAAGGAAGCCUGAAGAACAUAAUUUGGGAAAAAAGGCGAACAAUAGAAAGGAUAAGCUGGUGGAAUCAUCUUCUAAGAUGAAUAUGCCUUCAUCUCUGCCACAAACCAUGGCUGCAUAUCCUCUGAUGAUGCACCAUCUGGACCAGAAUGAAAGAAUGCCUUCUGAAGGGAUCUGUGGUACAACUAUGCAUCUUUUGAAGCAAAAUGCUCAAACUCUUAGCCAAAUCGCGUCCAAUCUUUCUGCAUACAAGUUACAGGAUAACAUCGAUCUCUUUUGUCACGCGAGGAACAAUAUUACCGCAAUGCUAAACAACAUGAGAGGUAGACCAGGUUUAAUGAGCCAUAGGCCACCAUUGCCCAUAUCUAUUAAUGAGGAUUUAGCAAAUAUCAUCUUGCCUGGAGCUACUAAUGCCUUGCCUCAGACGAUGGUUUUUGGCUCGUCAAGCGGGAUCCAUCUCAAGCAGGAACCAAGGUGCUGAUAUGGAACUGUCAAGAUCGAGUUUGGAUAUAUCUGGUUCGUGUAAUUAGAAAAAGAAAAUUUGACUGUAAAUGCCUUCGGGAGCUGGUACGAUUCCACCAUGGAUAAACUUGUAGAGAUCCCCCAUUUUUGGAGCUUGAAAAUGGUUACCCACAAGAUAUCAAAAUCCAAGCACCAGCUAAUAAGAAUUGCAGACCACUUAUCAUCUCCUUGAUCCAUGGAGGGGGGAAAACAGAAAAUAAG